AUGAGCGACCUGCAAAAGUCCUUCGCCAAAUCGAAACUCGCCAAACUACCUCCAGAACCCCCGCCUAUUCCCGAAUACCCCGCAGAGGAGGAUGACCGCGAUGACGGCGAUUCGAAUUCGUCAACAGAGACAGUGACUCCGUCGAUUACAAAGCAACUGUUUGCUAGACCUGGGGGAGCUCGAGGACCAACAACGACUCUGGAAUGGACUGGCUUCUUUACCCAAGAACUCUACCUCGCGCGUCAGGUCAACAGCUUCAAAAUCAUCCACCAUGUAUACCUCAGUCCUCCGAUGCGAUCAGGACCCCUUUUCGUUAUGCAUCACGGCGCUGGUUCCUCGGGUCUCUCCUUUGCAACAUGCGCCGCAGAGAUCCGCAAGAUUCUCCCUGAUGCUGGAUUCCUGUCUGCAGAUGCUCGAGAUCAUGGUAGUACAUCCAUAAUAAGGACAGAUGUGGAUGGGAACGCGGUUGAUGGAAAGGUUGAGCUUGAUCUGAGCUUGGAGACCUUGAACCAAGACCUGCUCUUCGUUAUUCGAGAAACGCAGACGAAGAUGGACUGGGAAACGUUGCCGGAUAUUGUUCUGGUCGGGCACAGCUUAGGAGGCGCUGUGAUUACGGAUGUAGCGAAGAAGGGGGAAUUGGGUGCGAAAUUACUGGCAUAUGCCGUUUUGGAUGUUGUAGAGGGAUCCGCCAUGGAUGCCCUACAAAGCAUGGAGACAUAUCUUUCCACUCGCCCGUCUCGAUUCCCUUCCCUGGCCUCUGGAAUAGAAUGGCACACACGCUCGCGCACUAUCCGCAACAGAACCUCAGCCCGUGUCUCUGUCCCAUCCCUCCUCUACCACGAAGACGACGCCGUUGACCCUUCCAAACCCUGGGUCUGGCGAACCAACCUCGCGGAAACAAAGCCCUUCUGGGAAGGCUGGUUCGUUGGCCUAAGUCGAAAAUUCCUAGAAGCGCGCGGGGGAAAACUACUUCUCCUAGCUGGGACGGAUAGGCUGGAUAAGGAGUUAAUGAUUGGGCAGAUGCAAGGAAAAUACCAACUGCAAGUCUUCCCUGACGCAGGUCACUUUAUACAAGAGGACCAACCCGCGCGAACGGCCCAGAUCUUAGUUGAUUUCUAUAAGCGAAAUGACCGCAGCGCGCUGGUUCUGCCACCCAAGGUCGCUGAUAUGCAAGCAUUCGCGGCGAUGAAGAAAGGGCCAGGGGCUGGUGGUCCUAUAGCCAAGCCCGAGGGCGGGAGGACAGGAUAUUUGAAGAGGUGA